AUGGACGAGUCGUCGAGGCUAGAGUAUCCUGGCGUCCUGGCCACUAUCUCGCCCGACCAGGCCGUUCAUGUCCUCAAUGACCGCGUGAAACGUAUCAACCGAGUCAAUGUUGAGAUAGCCGAAUGGCUUCAGGAACGUCGUCGAGUCGAAGAACAAUACGUCCUGGGAUUGCGCAGACUAACCCAGUACAAAGUGCCCAACGCGCAGUCCGAAUUGGGCGUUUUCCAAGGACCCUGGACCCGAGUGAUCGAAGACGUAGAAAAGGUGGCCCUUUCGCAUCAUCAGUUUGCCGAAAAUGUCGAACGCGACGUCGAGACGCCCCUGCGCAGCUUCCAUCUACGAAAGGACGUCGCUGACAUGAGCACAAUGUCGGCCAACCUCUCCACCAUGGCCAAGACUCUGGACGAAGCCCAGCGGGACAACGAGAAACUUGGGAGGAAGGGCGCCAAGGUCAGCGUCCAGAAGCUCGCCGACGCCUCGGCUAAGCUUGAGUCGGCUACCCAGCAGUGGGAGUCGACGGCCCCCUACAUCUUCGAGUCGCUCCAGGCUCUCGACGAGUCGCGCAUCAACCACCUCCGCGACGUCCUCACUCAGUAUCAGACCAACGAGACCGACUGUGCUCAGCGCAAGCUCGACGCCUCGGCCAACACCCUCUCCCAGCUUCUCGAGAUCAGCACCGAGACAGAAGUCCUCGGCUUUGUCGACAAAGUGUCCUCGGCACGCGAGAGGACUCCGACCCAGCACUCCAACCGCCGCUCGUCCAUUGUCGAGACUCAGACCUCGCCCACGCCGUCCAACUUGGGCGCCGCUUCUGCCCUUGGGCAGUCCACCGCUACCCCGACAAUCUCGUACCCCCCCCCUUCAUCCGAUGGCCCGUCUGUCGAACCCCCCCCCGCACCGGAGCCCAAGCUCGGUGAGUCUUUUCCUCCCCCCCCCACUUCGCCCCCUCACCUAUCCAGACCGCUGACCAGACAUGCAGAGUCCAAACUACGUCGACUCGGUACAAUUCUGGGUGGCCGCCGUAGACAGAGCAUCCAUCCUAGCAUGCCCUCACAGAAGACGGGCCUGUCACCGUUUGGCCGCCUGGGCGGCAAGGAGAGCCAUGGCGUCUCCCCCAAGGGAUCGUAUGGUAACCUCAAGGACUCAAAUCGCCUGGGCGCCCUGUCCGAGGCUCCUGAUCUGCCGGAAAACGAGGAGGACCAGUUUGUCGACAGAUCUCUGCACGAGGGCAACACCAAUGGCAAUGGCGUCGUCGGGCUCAGCGAGAACCUGAUGGACUCGCCCGUUCCGCAGUCUACCGCCAUCGGCGUCGACGAAAGCACGCAGGAGUCGUCAGGCGCGACCCCCCCCGGCGAGAGCUUCAACAGAAGCCAGAUCCCCGCGACCCAAGCCUCGUCAUCCCAGCCAGAGCAGCAGUUGCAGCAGCCCCCGGCACCUCCAGCUAAGGAUGCAGAGGGAUACACGAUCCCCGCGCCGGUCAACGACCCCAUCUCGGCCGCCCAGCGUGAGGCAUCGGGCAUCACCAACGACGAGGCCGAACAGCUGUUCCGCCUCAACAUUCAGAACAAGCCCAUCGAAGAGGAGGACCCGCAGGCAAAGCAGGCCGCCCUGUCCAGCGUUGCCAACUCGCUCAAAGCCGGCCCCGCUGUCCGCCGCACCGGAACUACCAGGGGCCGUCGCGACGUGCGCAACACGAUCUACGUGCCCUCGCCCAACGUGGUCCCCUCAGGUGGCGCCGGCAGCCAGUUGGACUUCCCUAUGCCGCCGCCCUCUUCCCACAGCGCUACGGGCGCUACUGGUGCUGGUAGCUUUGGCGGCAGCAGCAUCGGCGGUGGUUCGAUGGGGUCGCCCACGUUUCCCCCUCCAAACCUGUCACCUCGGCCGACCGCCGUGACAGCACUGGCCUCCGAGAACAGCGUCGCCGGAACGUCAGACACGCAGUCUGUCAGGUCGGGAACGUCCCUGGGAAGCCUGGUGCACUCCAGGCACCCGGAUAUGACAGCGCCGGGAUUGAACUCGUCCAUCAUCGAGACGGUGUCGGUACACUACGAGGGUGGUGAGCUUAAGACGGCGUCGAUCUCAGGAGAGAUCGCCUUUGUCAACAACUCAUCCGAUUCCACCAAGAUGACAAUCACAGCCCACGAGACCAUCAGGAUCAACGACUUUGCCAGCCUGGAUCGCAUCGGCCCCAACCGCAUAUUUGUGCAAAACACGUCGGCCGACCAGCCGGACCAGUUCUCACUCGACGUGUCUCACCUGACCAAGAUGACGACGGCCUUCUCGUACCGCGUCUUCUCCCCGUCGGACGCGGACCCGUCGUCGCUCGGACAGCACGCGCCGCUUGAGCUGCUGCCAGCAUGGAAGCCUCAGGGCGACAAACUCGGACUCCUGAUCCAAUACCGGCUCAACCCGUCGAGCGUGUACCGCGCCCCUCUGACGCUGCACAACGUCGUCCUGGUGGCCACGUACGAGGGCAGGGCGGCGGGGGCGCAGACGAAGCCGACCGGCACGCACCUCAAGGACCGACACCUCGUGUACUGGCGCCUAGGCGAGGUGACGCUCACGCCCAACACGCAGAAAAUCGUCUGCCGCAUCCUGGGCGCCGAGGGCAUCGAGCCGGCGCCCGGCCACGUCGAGGCGAGGUGGGAGUACACCGUCCCCGCCGGCGAAGAGGGUGCCGCCGUGGGUUCACCCAUCUCCAUCUCCAGACUCGUCGAGGCCAAGGGUAAGGAGCCCGCCAGCGCGAAUUCAAACGAUGACGAGGAUGUCGACGACGACGACGACCCCUUUGCCGACGCUGAUGCCCGAUCUGAUCUACAGUCUUGGGUAGAUGUCCCCCUUACAAAGAAGCUUGUCAGUGGGAAAUAUGAAGGUAAAUAG